AUGUCUGCGCAGCAGACACGCUCCAACCGUGCGCCUACUCCGGUGGAAGUCGCCUCGCCCUUGUGUGUGUACCGUUACACAACCCCGACCCCGACGGGUGACAUUGUUGUGCUUGUUGAUGCUGACGGUGCAGUGCGGCUCUGCAACUGGACGGACUGCGAGAAAGACGCGGUACUUCGACUGCGGCGGGCCUACCAGCCGCGGGAGGUUGUGAUUGCGGAUGCUGCAGUGACGGCACAAGAGGAUGACGGCGAUAGUGUGACAGGUGAUGUCCGUGCGCAUGCGAUGCGGCAGAUGCGGCGGUACUUCAGUUGCCCCCCGCUCCGCAAGGGCGACCUCGGCGAAUCGGGCGACAUGGAGGACUCCGUGUCUGGUCGCCAGCAAAAACUGCACGCACUGUUGGGCAGCGUGUCUGUGCGGUGCCCCCCGUCAAAGCCAUUUAUGCAGGCCGCAUGGGCAGCACUUCGUGAGGUGCGACCGGGUGAGACCACGACGUACGGCGCACUUGCAAGGAGAUGCCAGCGGCCAAACGCCAGCCGAGCUGUGGGGCGGGCGAUGCGUGAAAAUCACGUGUGCCUUUUUUUGCCCUGCCACCGCGUCGUUGGGGCGUCGUGGGCGCUGACUGGGUUUGGCCCUGGGCUCUGGCGUAAAGCGUGGCUGCUGAGGCACGAGCAGGCCGCAAUUCCGGUGUGGCAGACGCAGCACGUGGAGUCUGGUGUGCAAGCGAGUUUCUUUAAGCGUGAAAGGGAAGUAGAAGGCAAAUAA